AAGUAAUGAUAAAAAACUACAAGCAUAAGAAAAAAAGGAAAGAAGGCCCUAGUGAAAAGGGAAAAGAGAUAAUAUAGUAUUGCCAUUGUUCAGAAAGGACGGAGAGCUACGGAGGCAGAGAGAAAAUACAGCAAGGGAAUUGGUUAGUGGGGUUGGUAAAGAGGUAGAAUCACCAAAUUGCAAGGCAAAUCCACCACCCUACAACACAGGUUUAUCAGAAGAAGGAAACAGCAGGGAUCCUGAACCACUGAGAGGGACAACAGCAUCCGGUCACAUGGAUUGGUAAGUAGUCGCAGAGCCAGCGGUCCAGCGGGGACCACCUUCCAUUCCGAUAUAGCCCCAGCCUGACAUUGGGUGCGUUUCCAUCCCCCUGAUUUUAUGCAAACUUUAAAGUAUCGAAUCAGUAAACGGUGAUGGAAACACCAAAAUUUGCAUCAAAAUCCUCUAAUUCGCAAAAAGGUUUAUCCGCUCGCUUGAGGAGGUUUUUGAGAAGAGAGUAAGAGAAGAGAGUGAAUUCGCAAAAUGGGAGACGGAAACACACUUUUCGAAGCAGCUGUGACGUAGCGAUUUUUGAACACACAGGACUGACAGUCUUUCCGAUUUCCGCAUAACGACCGGCCAUAGAAACCCUGCCGACAUCAACGUGUAACGUCAUCAUCCUAUUGUGCUCUCCCAUACGUAAGGCACUCCUCGUAUUUCCCUUGCUACCGCUUUGUACAUUGUGAUUCCUCUAUUUCUUCGUCUACGGAUGGAAGUUAAAAUAGUCAAUGAUAACUUCACUGAAAGAACAGUUAUGACUUGCCCAAGGGAAACCAAUUGCUGCUGAAUUCCUCUCCUCAUGUUUGUUGUUUGUUGUUACUCUUCUCUAUUGGCGGACUGACCACUCCGACAAUUUCUGUAUCCAUUGUCAGAGUUGAGGUACUUUACUUUUUUUCAAAUGUCCCGCCAUUCCGACAUGAGGUCAUUAAUAUAAAUGUCAUUACUAUUAUCAUUGUACUUAAAUUAAUUAAUGUGACUAUUUCUUAGUUUCAUGCGCUUUAGUGUCCUACACUGACAUUCGCCAUUGGGGAUAGUCGACCCUCAUUCCCUGUGGAUCUUUGGCACAAGUCAUAGGCCCUUCACCAGUCUCAAAAUCCCCACUGACCCAAAUCACGCUUGGACGUUUCGAUUCUGUUUCUAAAUGUUGGGACUGAUGGACACUGAACUCUGGUGGUUAUUUGAACAUUCAUUGUGAAGUGGUUUACUGUAAAAGGAGCGUCAGAAAUCCCACCUGUCUUUGCGCACAGAGGCCAUUAAUUAAGGGAAUGCUGAGAGAAUGCUGGAUAGUCGAGAAAAAGAAGACUAAAUAUGCAAAGAUGUUAUGUGCAAUCUAACAACUGCACGCAGGUCUCUGGCAUAUAAAAUGAGACUGCUAUUCUGUUGAUCAAUCAAUUUCACCUGACCGGCUGUUCUGAUCAUCUCCGAGGUCCAGGUCUAUUGUUUAACAGUCUAUGUUUUACGGAUUUGCCUUCUAUGGGCAAAAACUGACAUUCAAUAAGCUCCAAUGCGACUGCAUGAAUAAGUCCCCAACGGAGAGCGGCACACCUGGUAUGUGUUGAAGGGUGAGGUCGACGAGGUAAUGUGGAGUAGGCGUGUUGAUGCACAUGCCUACUCAAUCCUCCUGACGAAUGUCGGAUAUCCAGUACAACUACUAUAAGAACACGUAAGGCAGAGCGAGACGACAAAGAAGGAGGAAAGGAAGAAGAACGCAAGUGGCCGGCUCCCUCCAGCAGCAGAUCAGCAUCUGAUUAAUUUUUUCUUCUUCAUGUAAGACUAAGGUAACAAAACCAACUAGCAGCACUGUUUAUUUGGACACAUAAACAGGCUCUGACCCUACAACCAUCACAACCACCAUGUUGACCGAUAAACACGAAGCGGCAGCUAACCCUGGGCAACCGAAGGGGGACCCCGUGAGUCGACUUCUGUCCAGGCGUGCCCUCAUCUUCUUUCUCCUCGCACUCUCUGGUCUCAGCUUCCUGUUGCGCAACAUUCUCACUCUGGAGAACCUGAGCUACCACACAGCGUCUAUGCUUUUGAGGCCCCAGAACAGCAGCCACCCUGCCCUAGCCCAGAAGGGGCCCCUCCCUCCGUACAACAACCACACCAUCUGCAGCCACCUGGAGCCCACCCCCGACGAAGCCCUGGAGGACCGCGCCCUCCUCGAUGCCAUCGCCUGGCCCAAGCCUCCCGCCCCCACGUCCCUCAACCAGACCAGUGACCCCGUCCACAGCCUGUUCGCCAUUUUGCCCUCCAAGGGCGGGAGAGAGCGGUGUGUGGGGGACCAGCUUGAGGCCCUGGUCCAGAUGCAGGACUUCCAGGGCCGUCCCAAGCGCUACGGGGGGGACUUCCUGGUGGCACGGCUGCACUCCCCGGAGCUGGGGGCAGGAGUGGCGGGCACGGUGGUGGACCACCUCAACGGCUCCUACUCGGCGCUGUUCCCCCUGCUGUGGGAGGGUCCGGCCCAGGUGACGAUCACCAUGGUGCACUCCAGCGAGGCGGUGGCCGUGCUGCAGCGGCUCCGGGAGCAGCGGGCCGACCGCUUCUUCUUCCAGAGUCUGUUUCGCUCGGGCAAGCUGUCUGAGACCACCGUGUGCAACAUGUGCCUGCCGCAGGAGCCGCUGUGCAACUACACAGACCUCCACACCGGAGAGCCCUGGUACUGCUUGAAGCCCAAGCGGCUGAGCUGUGACACCAGGAUCAACCAUUUCAAGGGAGGCUACAAGAAGGACCUCGUCACCCACAAAGAAGCGCUGCUCUUUCAGAGCCGUGUUAACAUCAAGGUUGACAUCCAUGCGUCAGGACCGGAUCGGAUAGAUGUGCUUCCAAAGAAGAUAGAUGACCAAGCAUUAAAAAACCGCAGCAUCGAACCAGGGCCGGUCAAGUACAAUCCUGCUGGGUAUUACUACAAAGGCUCCUGGAGGUCAUUCGAUGGAACACCUGUUCGCCAGUUUGACGCCAAAUCGAUCACCCAGUGCCUGACUAGCAAGAUGAUCAACAUGUACGGAGACUCCACGAUGAGGCAGUGGUUUGAGUACCUCAGAGCGUUUGUACCAGAGUUCAACCUGCGCAGCCCAUCAAAGGUAGGUCCCUUAAUGGCGGUGGACUGUCAACACAACAUCCUGUUGAAGUACCGCUGUCACGGCCCGCCCAUCGGCUUCUCCACCGUCAGAGCCAGCGAGCUCCGCUAUGUGGCCAACGAGCUGGACCGCUUGCCUGGAGGCCCCAACACCGUGGUGGUCCUCAGCCUCUGGGCCCACUUCAGCCCCUUCCCCGUGGAGGUCUACAUACGCCGCAUGCGGAACAUCCGCCGGGCGCUUGAACGGCUCCUGGCCCGGGGCCCCGGCACCCUGGUGGUCAUCCGCUCGGCUAACUUAAGGGCCCUGGACAAGGAGAUGAGCCUGAACCACAGCGACUGGUUCUCGCUGCAGCUCGACAGGAUUCUCAGGAACAUGUUCAUGGGCCUGGCUGUUGUGUUUGUGGACGCCUGGGAGAUGACCUUAGCCCAUAAUAGCGCCCACAAUAUCCACCCGCCCCCGGACAUCAUCAAGAACAUGAUCAGUCUCAUCCUGACUCAGGUGUGUCCUGCAAAGAAGAGCUAGUGGCAAAGAAAGAAGGAAAGUUGGAAGAGGCGUGCCGUCCCAGUGCUUGCAACAUCGUUGGGUUAUCCUGAUUCUCUUGCCAUCAACAAGUUACUUGUUACUCUUACUUUUUACAAAGGGGUAUUUUAUUUUAUACGAGGAGCUUUGCUUUAUGUAAAGCCCCAUGUGCUGGAUUCAAAUAGACCUGAUUGUGGAGCAGGUAGGCGUUGAGCACCAUCCUUAAGGAUGCCUACAGGUAGGCUCAGGACAUUGGAGAUUGAACGCAGCAUCAUCGACACCCUCGCCACUAUUAUUCUUCACCCCAGUUGACAAACCGAUUUGAGUCGUCAUGUGAAGGUGCCAUUCCAUUAUCCACUUUCAUCGUCAUCCUGCCUCUACCAAUUAGCUCAUCCACAUUAUGAGUUCCCAGCAAGGGGAGGCCUUGCCCAACCGUUAAAAACGGUUUUCUUGGAUCGCUGUCUCUCUUUGGUCUGCCGAUGAUAACCGGGCUUGUGUUUUGAAUUGCUAGAUCUUUAAUACAUACAAAUACAUAUAUAUAUAUAUAUAUAUAUUAGAGCUGCCAGUUAAACGCGUUAUUAACGGCGUUAACGCAAACCAAUUUUAACGGUGUUAAUUUUUGUAACGCGCGAUUAACGCAAAUUAUUAUUUAAAGAAUAACUUUUUUUUGGUCUCAAAACAUAGAAGCAGUAGCCUGACUACUAUGUUCAAGGCAUAUCUUUUUAUGUUCAUCGUUAAAUUGCAUUAUAGGCUUUGUCUUUGUACCGUCCUGUUUUGAUCAGUAUAUACCAAUGUUGUUAUCAAUAAAAAAAUAUUUGCACAAGGCAAGCCGAUGCACUUCUCCAUGUUGAUAAGAGCAUUAAAAUGAGAAAAAUUAAUGGGACGAAGAAUUCAAGGGAUAUUUAGCAUAGAAAAAAAAUAUAUGAUUAAUCGUGAGUUAACUAUGGCAUUAAUGAGAUUAAUCAUGAUUAAAUAUUUUAAUCGCUUGACAGCCCUAAUAUCUCUCUCCCUCUCCCUCUCCCUCUAUCUAUAUCUAUAUCUAUAUCCCUCUCUCCCCUACCUGUGUCUAUAGUGAACCGUGUCUUCCUGUUAGCCUGAUCCUUUUGUCAUUGCUUUGCUGCCACCUUGCGGACAGGUAAGACCGGACCUCUAUAUUUGAAACAUGUAGUGCUGUUCUUUCUGUUUGAAAACAUAGGUAAGGAGUGUCGUUGCCAACUGUACUUUUGGAUUAGUUUAGGUUGGAGAAGGUAACUCCACGUAUGGUCUACAUAGCAGCUUUGCCUUCCUUUUUAGCUGCUAGUUUAGCUGUUUUGUAUGGUUCUUUUCUUUGGCAAUACACGAGUUCCAAGACCCUGUUGCAUGUCUUGUGGUGUCGUACUUGUUUUGUAUUUUAUGUUCACCUGUUCUCUGAUGGCUGAGUAAACACACUUUCACCAUCAUCUGUUGUUUCCAGUUCAUUGUUAUUCACCAACCACUUGCUCAUCUACCUUCCAUAACCCAGCCUUUUACAUCCCUGACCUCCCCCACUAUCCCCUUGACAGGUGGGUUGUAACAGUGCUGAUGAAAUAUGUCAAACCCCCUCGGCCCCUGAGCUUGCUUUCGAGUCUAGAGGGGACUAUGGU